UCAUGUAGUUUGGAAUAUACCUGCCUACUGCAUCAUAUCUCUCUGUUUCUUUGACUUCAACUGCUAGAUCUGGUUUAAAAAAAAAUAUUACAUUGCAAUUUUUACCUUUUAAACUUCAAUUUUACUUGCUAAUUCAGUUGUGAUUGGACAUUGUUUUUGUUUAUCCCGGCACUAAAUUUCCAAGAUUAUUCUUCACCAUGUCGAGGCAGCCAGCACAAUAUCACCAGCAGGGUGCCUAUUUGGCUCUGAUGAGAGGUUUGAAUGAGGUGGACCUUUGUGGCACUCCUGUGCCCUCUAACCUGAUUCUGACAGGAGACCAUGCCUUUCCUUUGGUUAUGAACAACCAAGGCCAGGUCCUGAUGGCGGCCUCUCAGUAUGGCUCCGGAAGGAUUGUGGUCUUGGGUCAUGAGGCCUACCUGACAACAUUGGCUGCUUUCGUAGAAAAUGCACUGACCUGGCUGAGAGGAGACAGAUCAGAGAACCUGUCAGUGGACGUCCACACAAGCGUUAAAGCAGUGGUUGAUUAUCUCAGCAGAUCCAGUUUCCAAACCAGAGUUGUGGGGGCAUUCCAAAAUAAUUCAAAUGCCGGUGUGUAUGUAACAGAUGCCUACAGCCUUGGUACAGAUGUAAAGGACCUGGUGGCUUUCCUGAAAAAUGGUGGGGGAGUGUUGAUCGGAGGGCAAGCGUGGAAUUGGGCUGCAAAUCACCCAAAGGAAAACACUCUGUUUCAGUUUGAAGGGAAUAAACUUUCUGGUGUGGCCGGGAUUUACUUUUCUGAACAUCCGGGGGAGGCUGAAUGUCUGCCUGUGUACCCUCAGAUUCCAUCUUCCUGGAUGAGUGUUGUUAUCGGUAAGGAUUUUGAGGAAGACCUGGAGUUCUUACUGCAUGGAAUAUCUGAGUUUGACCUCUCUGGUAAUCAGAUUGCUUCUGAGAUUCUUGUUCAUGGCCAGCUUGCCUUCCCUGUUGCAAUGGCAGACGAUAAACGGACAUUUUUGGCCGCCUCUUAUUAUGGACUGGGACGUGUCAUUGUUGUGAGUCACGAACAGUAUCUGCAAAGAGAGGAGCUGGCUCCAUUUUGGAACAACGCAAUUCACUGGUUGACCAAAGACCGACAUGGCACUAUUGGCAUUCUGAGACGUGACGACCUCAAAGUUUUCAAGGAUUCUGGCUUCAAGUGUGAGGAGACGGACUUCCGGAAAGACCUGAGUGUGUUUGUGGGCUCAGCAUAUAAUGACAAAUAUGCAGAGGAGAUCCAAGACUUUGUAGCAGAGGGGGGAGGCCUGUUGAUUGGUGGCCAUGCCUGGUACUGGGCACAACAACACAACGACCAAAACCCAUUUACAGAGUUCUCAGGGAACAAAAUCAUCAACAAAAUGGGCCUGAGCCUCUUGAGUACAACCAUUAAGGGAGGUGUCUUCAAGGCCCCUGUGCCCAGCAAGACCGUCAAAGACACCUACCACUUCCGCCACCUUCUGCAGCGCUUUGCUGCUCAUGUAACUCAGGGAAAGAAUCUUACCCAGCAUGAAGAGCAGUGCCUUAAAAGGCUUGGAAAGGACUGUGCGGCCUUCUUAAAGAUGAAUGCCCACGACUGCUGCCCAUAUAAUCAGGUCCUGUCCACCCUCACAAAUGUCCUGAAAAGAUCAGGCAUGCCUCAGGUAUGUGACAGCUGCCCAGUGAAGUCUCCCAAAGACCAUCUCCUUCUCAGUGUGGGCACAGAGGUAUACAAGGUUUGCCACAAUCCUGACAGUCUGAUGCCUUACCUAAUCAAGCAGAAUCCCCUGUUACCUGUUGUCUACAACUACAAGAUUCCAUUGAACGUCAACACAGCAGAAGGGGAAGAGUGGAUCAGUACAGGUCUCUACCUGUCUCCUGGCAUGAAGACUUACAUGGCGUUACCUGCACAGAUUGUCAACAAGGGAUGGAAGGUCCAAAUUGGUUGUCAAACCGACCAUCUUCAGCAUGAAGAGUUGAAAAGAGCACCCAAAGUUCAUGAGCGAUUUUCCGUUACCACGGGGAUGUUGCUGGUGUGGAACUUGUGGGGGGGUCUGGUCUACUUGGUGGCCCCACCGAAAACCCAAGUCGGGGGCCUUGAGGUCACAGUGCAGAUAGCUGUGCCAGCGCCUUAUUAUAAAUCUGGUGCCACAACACCAGCCGAUUGGUCUCUGCGGCGCACAGCUCCUUCCCCCUGGGCCGAGUUGGAGUUUGAGAACAUUAUCCUCACUGUACCCUCAGAUGUCGUACGGACGCUCGAUCGGCCAGAUUUGUUGGCGGCGUUCUGGGACACCAUCAUGAGAAGCAUUGCUGAUCUGGCUGCAAAACCACACACAUAUGCCCGUAAAGAACGCUUUGUCGCAGAUGUACAGAUUUCUCAUGGGUGGAUGCAUGCAGGAUACCCAGUUAUGAUGCACAAGGCCUCAGCAGCUAAUCUGGUCAAUCUUGAGGAUGCCAAGAGCAAAGGUCUGUGGGGGUCAAUUCACGAGCUUGGACACAAUCAGCAGAGAGCAUGCUGGGAGUUCCGACCACACACCACAGAGUGCACAUGCAACCUUUGGUCAGUGUAUGUGCAUGAAAUGGUGUUAGGGAUCAACAGGGCAAAGGCUCACAGCGCAAUCACUCCAGACAAAAGAAAGAAUCGAUUGCAGGAAUUUGUAAAAGAGGGCAAGCCACUAGGCAAGUGGGAGGUGUGGGUGGCUCUGGAAACAUACUUACAGCUCCAGGAAAGAUUUGGUUGGGGUGCUUUCAAGAGUGUGUUUGCUGCUUACCACACCAUGAACAACUUUCCAAAGGACAACAAUGGAAAGAUGAACCUCUAUGCAGAGACCUUCUCGCAGACGGUGAAAAUGAACCUCUCUGGGUUCUUUAAGGCCUGGAGCUGGCCUAUAGAGAGAGCUACUGAGGAGAAACUAUCCCAACUUCCUCCCUGGACUGACCACCCCAUGGUCAAGCGUGGCUAAACGUUUGACUGGUGUUGAUUUGAGUGCGGGAAUCUGUUAAUAAUAAUAAUAAUAAUACCUGGGAUUUAUAUAGCGCUUUUCUAAGUGCCCAAAGUCGCUUUACAUGUUUUUUUGAACCCAUCAAUCAUUCACACUUGGUGGUGGUAAGCUACUCUCGUAGCCACAGCUGCCCUGGGCUGGGUAGACUGACAGAAGCGUGGCUGCAAUUUGCGCCUACAGCCCCUCCGACCACCACCUAUCAUUCAUCAUUCAUUUCACCGGUGUGAGCGGCACCGGGGGCAAAGGGUGAAGUGUCCUGCCCAAGGACACAACGGCAGCGAUUUUUGGAUGGUAAGAGGCGGGGAGCGAACCUGCAUUCUACGCCAUGCCGCCCCCAAAUCGCUGCUUCUACUCCACUCCGUUUUUUUAUUGGGGUUAACGCAUUUUGAACUACUCUUGGAAAGGUGUCCCUCCCAAACAGGUUCUCAUAGUUGUAAUUUUUCCUUUUAUAUGGGUAAAACAAUGACUCUUAUGGUUAUGAAUAAGGUGGUAUGGUAUGGUAUUAAUGACAUAUGUAACACUGACAGCAGUGAUUUUACUGCACGCAAACAAGUGACGCUAAUAACCUUGAGAAAGGGAACAAUAAAUAUUUACACACAAAACACAUCACACCCCUUCUUUUUCAGUUUAUUUAGUAUUAAUUAUUAAUAGUAUAAACGUGAAAUAUGUGUCAAUUUCAGGCUUAAUAGCUGAAUUAUUGAUGGCAUGAUUAAAAAUGUAAGGUCAAUGUUUAAGAGCUCUGGUUUCUUCUGUAAACCAGGGGGUACGCCUUUUAGGGGUCUUUUUUAGCUUUAGUGGUGCUAUAUCAAUGGCGUAGCGCAGGACAUUGUUAAAGUUGUUAGUGAGGUUAUCGAUAGAGCCCACAUAAUUUAGGAAUGGUGCCAUUACCGAAGUCAGUAGGCCAGCAAGAGUCGUAGUUGUGACUACAUUAAUGUUGUGGCUGCUAAAUCAUUGGUUAUUAGUAGCUUAUUGACAAUGAGUCAGAACUUCAAAUCUUAUAAGGUAGUGACAGGACAUUACUUUAGUGUACGGGAGUACCAUAACUUUGGAGGUGGUGACACCCCGGACAAGGACUCGGUCUAUCGUAUUACCGUUGCGAUGCGUGGGUUCGUUUAUAAUUUGUGUAAGACCACAACUAUCAAAUAUAGUCUGGAGCGCCACACACGGAGUGUAGGACAGGGUAAUCAUAUGGAUAUUAAAGUUUCCCAUUAUAAUUAUAUUAUCUGCGUGCGUCACUGGAUUAGCGACAAACUCUGAAAAUUAACUGACAAUGUCCGGGGGCGAUAUAUAACCAUACUUGCCAACCUUGAGACCUCCAAA